UAUUUUUUCAUUUUAUUAACUAUUAUAUUAAUAGUAUAAUUUUAAAUAAUAUAAAGUAAAGUAAAUCAAUCAUACUGAAAGAUUAGCAACAUACUUCUAACGGAUUGGCCUUUUUUUUUUUUGAUAUCUGGCCUCACUGUCCUGAAUUGUUUAUAAAAUUUAUCCUAAAAUGCCAAAAGAUUCCGUCGAUAUUGUCAACAAAAGAACUAGGCUCCAUCGGAGGAAGCCAACCAUUUGGACGCGUGAAAAAAUAUCCAAACUUAUUGAACUCUACCGGGAAUCGGACUGUUUGUGGAACCACUACUCGGCGAAGUAUAAAAACAAAGAUUGCCGGGCAAAAGCCAUCGAGUACAUCUGCGAGUCCCUCGGAAUAACGAAGAUCGACUACGGCAAGAAGGUCCACAAUCUCCGGAAUCAGUUUAACUCCGAAUUAAAGAAGCUAGAACGUCGCUUGGAGGAGUCUGGCAGUUCCAGUCCCACGGUCGAGAAGACCUGCCGUUGGGAGCACUUCAACACGCUGAUGUUCCUGCGCUCGGUGAUAGAACCACGACCUGGUUACCAACAGACUCCCCAAUCCCAAUGCAAGAAAAUGAUCAACAAGCUUGACUACAGGAUAACCGCGAAGGAAGAAGAGCCUGUCCCAUCGUCAAUCGAGAACUUAGAAUCAAUAGUUUUUAAAAGUGCCAGCGAACCUAUACCAGCAGAAUCUUCACAGUCCACCAGUUUCAGGCCUCCAUCGGCCAGUAGGCUAGCAAUCAUGGAUACUACUGCCGUAUCAACGCCUGUCCAAAUCCCCACAACUAGCCGCGACCAAUGGGACGCGUUUGGUGAACUAAUUGCAAAUGAAUUCCGCAAUCUGAACUCUGACAUUUUUCGAAAACGAUUAAAACGUAAAAUAAUGCAAGUUAUGUUGGAAAUCGGUGAAGAGGAUGAUUUAGAAUACACCCGAAAGAAUAGCUGAUUUUAAUUAAAUGUCAGCGCUUGUACAUUUAAUGUGUAUUAAUAGUUAGUGUGUUUUAAGAAUGUUUAUUAUAGUUUAAAAAUUUAAAUAAAAGACAUUUUUAUUGAAUGAA